CCCCUAUCGCAAACAACAGCUGGUCAACAGGUUAACACUACACUUUACUCGACACGAACCAUCGUCGCUCAAACUGCCCCCUCUGCUCGCUGCUUCUCUCAUGGCAUCCCUUCUGACCAGACUCGCUCAAUCAUCCACCUCGCGAUCCAGCUCCAUCCUCUCACUUUCACGCACCAUGUCGACGCAACGAGCCACCCUCAACCUGAAGAACCCUUCCCUCCUCAAGUCCAAGGCGUUCGUCAACAAUGAAUGGGUCUCUUCCAAGUCGGGCAAGGUCUUCCAGGUGACCAACCCUGCGAACAACCAGGUCAUCGGCGAGGUCCCCGAGAUGGGAAGCGAGGAAGAGGUCGAGGAGGUCAUUGCGGUCGCGAAAAAGGCAUUCGAGAGUUGGAGGCAUAGUACGCCCAAGUCCCGUCAAGACCUGUUGGCCAAGUUCCACAAGCUUAUGCUGGACAACACCGACGACCUGGCCACCAUCAUCACCGCCGAGAACGGCAAGCCUCUCCCUGACGCCCGCGGCGAGCACCUCUACUCGUCCUCUUUCCUCGAAUGGUUCUCGGCCGAGGCCAUGAGGAACUACGGGGAUACCAUCCCCAGCACGAUCCCCGGCUUGAGGAAUGUCACGAUCAAGCAGCCCGUCGGAGUCGUCGGGGUCAUCACGCCUUGGAACUUCCCUUCGGCCAUGAUCACCAGGAAGAUUGCCCCGGCUCUCGCUGCUGGUUGUACUUGCGUCAUCAAGGUACCCGAAGAGACUCCCUUCUCAGGUCUGGCUCUGAUGGAGCUCGCCCAACAAGCCGGUUUCCCUCCCGGUGUACUCAACGUCAUCACCUCGCAAGACUCUCCCAAAGUCGGGCAGGUCAUCUGCGCGAGCAAGACGAUCAAGAAGGUCUCGUUUACCGGGAGCACGGGAGUGGGCAAGAUCUUGGCCAAGCAGUGUGCGGGGACUUUGAAAAAGCUCUCUUUCGAGCUCGGCGGAAACGCUCCCUUCAUCGUCUUUGACGAUGCCGACAUCGACGCGGCCGUGACCGGUGCCAUCGCCUGUAAAUUCCGAUCGUCCGGUCAGACCUGUGUCUGUGCCAACAGGAUCUACGUCCAAGAUGGGGUCUACGACGAGUUUUCCAAGAAGCUCGUCGAGGCCGUCAAAAAGUUCAAGGUCGGAAACGGAGCUGAUAAGGGAGUUACCCACGGACCACUCAUUCACGGCCGGGCACUGGCCAAGGUCGAAGACCACGUCAAGGACGCCGUCGACAAGGGUGCCAACCUCUUGCUCGGAGGUUCCCGUCUGACCGGUCCCGAAUACCCUUCGGAAAACUACUACGAGCCGACCAUCAUCGGGGACGUCCCAGAAGACGCUGCUUGUCUGCAGGAAGAGACGUUCGGACCGAUGGCCGCUGUGGUUAGGUUCAAGAGCGAAGAAGAGGUUCUGAGGUUGGCCAAUGAUACCGAUGUCGGGUUGGCCGGUUACUUCUUCUCCCGUGACGUCGGUCGAGUAUGGAGGGUCGCCGAGGCUCUCGAGGUCGGGAUGGUCGGAUGCAACACCGGUCUGAUCUCGCAGGCUUCGAUCCCGUUCGGAGGAGUCAAGGAGAGUGGAUACGGACGAGAGGGUUCAAAAUACGGAAUGGCUGAUUACGAGGUCAUCAAGGUCAUCUGUAUGGGAGGGCUGGGUACCAACUAGGUGAUAAGCACAGCAAAAAAAAAUGGACAAGAUACACAACGGACCCCUUUUGUAUUUGUAUAGGCAAUCUACAACGACAUGAUCUGAAGA